UCUCGAGCAAACAUACUACAGAACGAAAAUCUCAUCUAGGCCGUCUCUCUUCUUGCUCUUGCUCUCUUUCUCAGGCGCUUUUCUACGGCAUACCACCCUGAGUGGACCGGCAUGGGACCGAGUCGACGGCCGUCUGCUGCAGUUGCCAGCAGUUCGCGCGUGCACAGGAGUCAAGAUUCACACUAUGGGGGCUCUCAACAUCCUCGGAACGAGCAGCAGAAGAAAAUUGUGCAGGUGUUAACUCAGAGGCUGAGAUUGCUGGUCUUCCCGUCCGGUCAGGAAAGUCAGUUGCACCAGCUCGAAUCCGAUGGAGCCACGCGACAGGCAGUCAAUGCCCUUGCGAUGAGCGAGAUGCUAGAUGAACUACUGAAGUCAACAAGCCUGACCUCAAUAGUCGCAGUUCUGCAAUCACAACUUUUCAUUAUGAAAGCUCUAGCUGCAGGCGUGUCGUCGAGGCCGCACAGUAUUCCACGGUCGGGAUCUCAAGCUAGUCACCGAGCACCGGGUUCUGCCCCCGAUUCUCCUGUUCCGUCAUUCGCAUCCAGGUGGACGGCAACAGUCACUUCUCCUCCAUUAGAGCAACCACCCAUGGAAGACAAUUGCGCCCGAUACUUGCUGAUCCUAAUGGUCUCAUUUCUACGGCAAUCUGCGCAAACCGAACCGCCUCUGAUGAUGGACUGGAUUCCUUCAGCAGAUAUCACUUCAGCAUUUUCGUCAGAGGGAACUGACUCGCCGACUGAUUAUCCUGACACGUUUUCUCAUGACCUCAAGCCGCGAGCAUCUUCUACAUCUGUCAAGUCGACCCGAACAGGUGUCACUACGCAACGAACACCUUUGUCUGCUGUUAAUUCGUUUCACACUUUGAACGCUUUGAUCGAAAAGUAUACCGGCCGGAUAAUUUUCCAUAUUUCUGCAUCGAAUUGGAAUGUAGUAUUUGAUCGACUACGGACCAAGAUUCGUCAACUUUCUCAGAACGAGGGUGAAGUCGACACCAUCGAUGUUCAAUUAUUGUCGCACAGUCUUCUCGAUAGAACAAGGCUGGUGCAAGGUUUGAAUGAGCUGUCAUCUCUUCUCGUCAACAUGACGCACGAAAUGCAUGCCGCCUUUGCAAAUCCCUUGCGGCUUGCCAUCUGGAAUUGGAUAAGGAACUGUCCCGCCGAGUUCAACGAAGUUUCCAAAGGACGACUGAAGAUGGAUAGUGUUCCGGAAAGAGUAUUUGACUAUCUUCACCCAAGAGUCAAGUCCGGGUCCGAACGAACAAUGUGGCCGGCUCUCAUUGCUAUCCUUUUCCUUACCCCAGACAGGUUGUCUCAUGAUGUGGGGCUUCCUGGUCGAGGACAGAAGUCGGAUAAGUUUCUAGAAGACAUUCGGCGACAAAUAUCCACUCAGGCUAGAUUACGGGACCUGGGUCUAGUUUGCGCGCUAGAUAUCUGCCGUGCAGCCAUGUACAUCGACUCACGCGACAAUGAAGAAGUACCUCUGCGCUUACUCGCGAACGACAUUAUUCACGACAUCAAGAGCGAUUUGUUUCACAAUACCGCGACUAAACCCUUUUGGGACCCGCAACACGAAUCCCUUGAUAUUUCGCUUUACGCUGACGUUUUAGUGUUUAUUUUCCGAUUUCUAUCCGAAGAAGAAUCCCUGCCACUGUUCAAGGCGUGUGUUGAGCCUGACAAAUCGGAAGCAGUGAAAAUCUGUGUCGUGCGUGCAUGCAAAACACUGUACGAGGAGAGCUCGAUAUUUAGUUGGCAACGCUCUCUCAAGAACCUAGAGCCCAUUAUAGCACGACGGUUCCUCAAUAUAUUGAAGACCACAUGCGUUCACCGGAGCGAGGUGGAUCAAUUUGGCAUCAUGAAAAGACCGGCUAGUCGUCCGAAGGCCAAGAGAUCCCAUGAACUUUCACCUCUUCCCGACAGAGAAGUGCUCAUUCUUGCUAUACUUUCGCUAUGGCGGAUGUCGCCCGACUUUGGUUUCAAGUAUCUUACCGAAGAAGAGAUCGAUUCGUGGACGACCGCCGUUGCGAGACUUUGGAAUGCGCAAAUCGACUAUUCUGUCAAGGCAUCUCUGGGUAUAUCAUCAAGGAAACUAACGGAGCACGUUUUUAUGUAUCUUCCGACUGAUCCUAACGUUCCCAAAAUGACUGCAUGGUUAAUUUAUGCUCUGCCCAACACCCUCAUGGCUAUUGUCAAGAAUUUACUGGAUGCUCGUAUAGAGAUCGAAGCUCAACGCUUGUGGAUAACAAUGGCGCUCGAUCUUUUGGGGCUCUACGUUGCGAAAGUGGAUGAGGAACACGUCCGGCAGAUACAACUUACUGAGAAGCGGGUUCCAGCUUUUAUAUUGGCCGAAAUAGCCUUCCUCGUCUCUCUCACUUCUAGCGACAACAAUGUAUCCUUUCAGGCGGCCAAGGGCCUACGCCUAAUUUCCUAUGCAGAGCGACAAGCAGGUGCACCUACCAACCCUCUGAUUAAUGACGAAGACAGACCGAAGCGUCAUCCUAUCUAUGAGCAAUUGGGUGAUCCGAACGUGCUUAUACAUAGUCGUGUCGGCCACCAGAAGAGAAUCCGGAAGCUCCUACGUCUGAUACCUUACGCUCCUUCUGUUCACAUCGCUGUUUGGACGGAGUGUUACUGGCGUUGGGCUGCGUUGAAUGAAAUGCUGCGCUCUGGCGAAGAUGUUACAAUCAAAUCGAGCGAAUUUUUCGGAGCUCCUGCUGACCAUCGAUCUCAUUGGAAUAACCUCACACUCUUCAUAGCUGCUCUCGGAGGGGCGUGCGUUGAAGAAGCUGCUGAUACUGAUCUACUCUCUAAAGUUAUCCCCCACCAAAGUCUUCCAGAUCAGUUUCGCAGAGUGCAAGAUGCUUCGAGCCUGGCGCAUACAUUCGUCAACGAUCUUACUAUGAUGUUGCUCGAUGACGACGUUGAAGUUCGGAACACCGCCCGAGACGCUCUAGGAGCUGAGCUGAGUCCACGUCUGUACACUAAACUGCUGAAGUUUCUUGAAGACAUCAUCCGCGACAUCAUGAGUAGCUCUUUUGACGGUCAGAUGCGGUUUGAGAAUUUCCAUUUGCUGAAGGAACAAGGUAUCGCCAUACUCAAGCUGAUGGUCGAAAGCAGCCAAGAUCGGAUGGACGACGUGAUGAACCUCGACAUAACUACGACCUUGCAAGAAUUAGCAGCCUGCCUCGAUCGACAUAAUGGCUCAGAUGCGCAUCGGACCAAGAUCAAGUUUUGCACUCUCUGUGAUAGUGUAAAUGAUCGUACAGAAGCUCUGACGUUGCGUAAAGACAACAACGCGCGCCGAAGCAUUCUCAGCAUGGUCUCUUCUUGGAUUCAGACUACAGGAGAUAUCAUGUCGCGGACAGAGUUGAAUAUGGCGUGUCUACGCACAGUUGUCAAGCUUUUAGACCGUCUCGAGUUCAAACCUGCCGAUCCUUCCACCUCAGGAGAUGACGGGUCGCAUUUUGUGACUCGCGAGUUCAUCAAGUACUCGGAGGUACUCCUGUCUGGAUUAGAGGUUUGCCAGAUUGAUGCACCGACAUCUGAUAGCGUCUCCGACGUUGGUUCCAUACAAAAACGCAUGCGCGUGUCGCACAGAGAAGCAGAGCUUCGGGAGCUGGUUAUCACUGGACUAUCACAUUUAGUCAGGGCUAACACGGAGGCCGGAUUCAAGCAAUGCCUCCCCCUGGCUUACUGCGAAGAUAACCGCAAAAGAGCUAUAUUUGCUCACGUCUUUGCUCGGGUAAUAGGUCAAGGCGCAAAGUUCGAAGCUACGGAACCGGCCGAAACUAUAGAUCGCUACAAGCGGUUAUGUGAUUUGGUAAAGGAGCCUAAUAUGGUAUUGGCUCAAGCUAUAUGCGACACAUGUCCCGCGUCAGAAAUCGACAACAUGGUCAAUGUUCUUCUCAACUUGUUCAACACUCGGACGUCCUUGAUGGCCCUACUCAAAGUCAUGAUUACACGUGAAGUUGCACAUACCGAGAACGUCGCUGCUCUUUUUCGUAGUAAUUCCAUUGGGAACCGCUUUUUGGCUGCAUUUGCCCGUAUUCAAGGACACCAGUAUCUGCGGUCACUCAUUGAACCCAUGGUUGUAGCCAUCAACAACCUUCCAGAAGGUACAGGCUAUGAGCUUGAUCCUGCGAAAGUCGGCGGUCAAGACCUGCAUCAGAACCAGCGAAAUGUUCAGUUUCUGACAAAGCAGUUUUUGAGACUCAUUCUCGAUUCGCGUCAGGGACUCCCACCGAUGUUUCGAGAAGUUUGCGAACACAUUGCCACUACUGUAGUAAACCGUUGGGACGAUGCUUCUCUGAAGACUACGUCGAUUGGUGCUUUCUUGUUUUUACGGUUUAUUUCUCCUGCCGUUGUAGCCCCAGAGACCAUAGGCAUACAUCUGCCUAACGAUUCCUCUCGUCGAGGUUUAAUGAUAAUUGCGAAGAUAAUCCAAAACCUUGCUAAUAACAUUCUCUUUGGAAAGGAGCCUCAUAUGAUGCGUUUGAACGAAUUUUUGACAGAGAAUGUCAUACAUGUCACCGAGUUCCUGACUAUGAUACUCCAAAUUCCAACCGAGCAAGACGACAAAGAUGAAUGGGCCGGUGCAUACAUCUAUGAUGAUACCGAUGUAAUUGUACUCCAUCGGUUCUUCGAGAAGCAUGCAGACAAAAUUGGAAAAGAACUUCUCAGCAUUUCAAAACCUUCCAUCGAUGGAGACUCAACAGGUGUUGCUGGGAAACGUGCUUGGGACGGUCUUUGCACCCUGCUCGUGGACCUGGGAUCGCCCAUCGAAGUUCCACGACUUUCAACGCAGGACUCCGACCACCAUCGGGAAUAUUGUGAACUGAUGACUCGUUAUGCUGACAAACCCACGACGAAAGUGAGGGAGCUUUUCACGGCGAUACGAAGACCGGGGGAUUCACAGGCAUUGUUUGCUCUAAGGCUUGCUAGACUAGACGUGGAGACAAUAGACAUGGAACUCCUGAUGCUCCACAUCUUCCAGACACUGGAAGCCUCUUCAGAAGCAACUGCAUUUGAUGUAAUUGUCGACUGCACCGGAUUCAGCACAAAAUCAGAGUUACCACUACGGUGGGUGAAAUACUGCAUUGAAUUAAUACCCUCCGACAUUAGGGCGCGAUUCGUUGGGUGCUAUAUGCUGAACGUCAAUCGCUUAGCGCAGAGGUAUCUGAAACGAGUCCAGAACUUUAGUUUCACACUGCCUACCUCGGUUGAAGAGCUAUUACAACAUGUCCCUGGCAUCGAAGUCUCCGACCUUGGCUAUCCGGCGGAGCUGGAAGGGGAAGGGUAUGUGUCUUUUAAGAACAGCGGACGCCAACCUGCCGUUCUGAGUGUCGGCUCCUCUCAUAUUCGAAUCAUAGCCCUUACACCUGGGCCAGGACUUGCCACACGAGCCACUGAUAUCAUACCCAUGGCUGAAGUCAGCGAUUCCUACGUUACUUCUACACGGGAGAGUCACGAGUUCAUUAUUCGACGAAAUCGCAAUGCGUCAACAAUCUACCUCUCGUCUGAUUCAUAUGAUGAAAUUGUCAAGGCUAAGGGUCGUCUGACUGAGACCCAUUCGCCUCUAGGUGAUAGAUUUUCAAGGUUCUCCAAUGUACCUGCAACUCUGCUGCAUGUCGGCAUGCUCACUGCGUAUGAUCUACUUGGUGCUGUAUGUACCUAUCUCGGUUAUGAUAAAAGCCCCAUCGUAGCGUCGAAAGCGAGCGCAUCGCCUGAAUUUGCUCCUCGGCUUACCCUCGACUUCAUUUCUGAAGUGUCAGCCACAAUGACUAUGGACACGAGGUCGGGCAACCACGUCGGACAAUCGAUAGCAUGCUUAUACUACCUGAGUCCUUGGAUAAAAAACCUUACCCACUUCUCAAAUCCGACAAGUAAUCUCCAUGAGCGAUCAGGCUCAAGGCUCCGCGAUUGUGUCAGAGGAUUGGUUGAUAUAGCCUUGACCCAUCCUGACUUGACCUCUGCUAUGCAACGGCAUGUAUGGGCUGAAAUAGGAAAACUGGAUUCACAAACCACAGAGUUCGUGCUAGACGAGUUAGUACGUUCUGCUGUUGAUGCUGGAGCUGGAACGACCCGCUGCGAAACUCAUGCGCAUAUCAUUGCUUCCUUAUCAUCAAUUAGUGUCCGAGGCAAACUGUUUGCAAAGCUGCGGAAGGCCAUUAUCAAAGCUUCUCCGCGGCAUACGAAGUCUUUGGUGGAUAACCCGCACUGGAAUGAAGUUGCAACGCUUAGCCGCAUUUGUCUCCAUGCUGGCUAUCAAUCCAGGCAGCCUAGUCAUAAUCAGCUCUACGUCCCCGAGAUUGUCCAUGUCACUAUGAUGAUUGCUGGCGUAGGAUCGAUCAUCGUCCGGAAAGCAAUGUACGGCAUCGCGAUGAAUCUCUUGCAGUCGAUGUACAUCGCCCGAUCGGAGGAUUCGGCAAAUCCUUUAUCGGAACUUAGCCAGUUGUUAAACGAGUUUUCGGAAUCUGGGACACUAGAGCUAUUUGGCCUGCAUCGUGCGACAUCAACAAGUGAAUACACAACCUAUGACACGACGCAAGACGCGAUGCUCAUUGACAAUUAUGAACGCCUUGCGAGGCUACUGGUCCGGAUACUUGAAGCGUCGGCAGGGACCCAAGGAUUGCUCAAUGUAUGGCGUGCCCGUUGGAUGAGCUUAGUCACUUCAUCGGCAUUCCAAUACUCGUCGAUGAUACAAAUGCGGGCGUUCACAGUGCUGGGAGUGUUGGCGAUAUCGCACAUUGAUGACGACUUCUUCUAUCAGAGUUUGGUAGCCUUCUCGGCUGCUCUCGUGGCUAUGGAAGAAACGGAUACAGUUCCCGCUGUCGGGAUUUUACGGGCCUUGGCCAAGUUGGUCCCGGGUCUUCAGAACGAUACGCGUUACCUAGCACAACUUUUCUGGAUGGGAGUCGCGUUUCUUCAAUGUGGUAAUAGGGACUUCUUCCCUGAAGCUGCCCGUUUGGUUCAGGUCACGCUGGAAGUUAUGGACAGACGAGAAGUGUUUAGAAACGAAUCUAUUUCGCCGUAUCUGCUAAACGCUCGGAUACAUCUGGAAGAAUGCGCGUGUGUGUUAGAUCAGCAUUUAGGCUUAUCCUUCGACGUCAACUUUUCAUUCACACUUGCCGCUAUCAUCUUCAAAGGGCUUCGCGAGAGUAGAACAAAGGAACCAGCUGAAGCGGCGCUACGAACAUUGAUUCGCGUUACUGUUCGAUGGAGCCAUCUAGAGCCUUUGACGAACGGUUCUGCAGGGUCAUUGCAUCCUGACGUCCUUGGAUAUUUCUUGGCGCUCCUUCCACUGUCCACUUCUCCCACGGAAUAUCGUCGACUUUUAAAAGAUUGUCAGGUGGAUGAUAUGUGGUUGCCAGAGGCCGGCGCUUCUUCUUUCGAUGACGAGAAAAGUCUCCCUCGGCCAUCGUCCAUGUUCAUGGGAAUCCAGGAUGAUCCCACACUCGCCCUUUUCGUCACCGCUUUCAUUUCCGCCAUGCUUCGCAGUGCUCAUGGACACGACGCAGAAAACGAGAUUUUGUACAGCAUACUUUCUGACGUUGCGUCAGUGUUUCCCGAAGUCGUUUCCAUGGCAUAUGAGAAGCUCAAUAUCAACCAUAUUUUCGCCAAUUCAUCUAAUGAACACAUCAUACGAUAUGUUUCUGACAUUAUUCGUGUUGCCUUGCAGGACAAUAAGCGUUGGAGUGCUCAGGGCGGCGGAUCGGUUUCUAUCCCCAGUGCCAUCGACGACGUGCCCUCCAGUCAGAGUUGUCUAAACGCACUCGAAGAACGUGGUAUGCCUGGAUUGGCAGACUCAUUCAAGUUCCUUGCGGCAGGCGAGGGGCUCUCUUCCGUAGUACCUUAUUUGGUGAAGAUUGUAGAAAGUAUCAUCGUUCAACCUGUGGGCGAGUAAUUUGUUCCCUUCCUCUCUUUCUUGGUGGUGUAUUUAUGAAAUGGUCUUCUGUGUUACACUGUAUUUUACUCGUACUACUCACAUAUUUUCAUGACUCAAUGCAAGCAUUUUUGGUAUGAAGGCUCGAUUUAGGUGACCUUGUGAUGAAGGCGCGGUCACCCU